AUGGAACUGGAUUCUUCUAAGUUGGUCACUAAGGCAUUAUGUGAAGCUUACUACGGACAGAAAAUAAAGCUAUUUUUAAGGUACGAAAAUACUGUCGAAGCCAGGAUCGAAGAAGACGCUCAGCUGCGAAUCAUCUUUUGGCUAUUGAAUCAUGAAAAAACGGAUAGAAAAUCCCGUGUGAUUGAUUUGGGCUGCGGUGAUGGAAAGUUUCUCAUUUAUCUAGGCCAUUCAAAAUUUAAAAAUCUAACGGGCGUCGACUACUCAACAAAUGCCAUCCAGCUGGCUAGGAUAAUAGCAAAUGAUCAAUCCAUGAGUAUCAAGUACCAUAUUGAAGAUCUUACACUGAGUAAAGCUCCUAGGAUAGGAACCUACAAUAUCGUCCAUGAUAAAGGCACCUACGAUACAGUGAGCUUGUAUCCCGAAAAUCCUGACGAGAAACUUGCAAAUUACCUGGCCACAGUGGCAAAGCUUCUACGCAACAAGGAUAGUCUAUUCAUCAUCACUUCCUGCAACUUUACGGAAGACGAGUUGAUUUCCAGCUGUGAGAACUUAUUUGUUAAGCAUUGCUCAAUACCCUUACCCAAGUACAAGAUCGAUAAAAAUGAGAAAGUUUUUACCUCCAUAGUGUUUAAGAAGCGUACAAGAAACUCAAACAGAAAUUGGUUUCAUUUCUGUGGCACUCCUGAAAUGGAAAACACUUAA